UAGUAAUAAGUCAAUUAUUUCUCUCAUUGAGGCAUUUAGCUAAUAGAAAAUUUUGCUAAUUCUAAUUGUUUCCUCCGUUCAUUAUUUUUGAAAACUAGGUAUAUUUACUUUGAAAGAGUAAUAAGUUGGAUCAUUUUUGUAUUGAAAAAAGGUGAAGACGUUAACAAAAACCGGAACUGAACGGAAAGCCUGACGACAUUCGAUAUUUCCGACGGUACUUGAAGGCACCGUUGGUGUCUCGUGGGUGGGCAGUGCUCAGACCGAGCAGUUGAUUUGGCUUUAGGACUGAAUUUGUCUGAAGUCAGGCGCUUUGGAGAAGGCGCCUGGUGAGGCAGUCAAGUCGGUGUAAGUUGGGCAUGUUCAGGAGGGUAAACACAGGCGGGAGGUGAGGAACAACAGUCAGCCCCGAGUUAGUGAGUGGGGAAGUGAGGGGGCUUUACAGACGCAAAAAAAAAAAAAAAAAAAAACCCCGGAACUCGAAACGGUCGGAAACGAGCUAACGUCGACUAGCUUUUCGUUGACGGUGUGUUUGCUGUCAACUUCGCGGAGGAAAGGCGGAAGGCUCUCUCGCGUUGAGCGCUUCUUUUUUAAAAGCCUUCCGGGCUUUUAUUUACACAUUCAAAACCUCCUUGAGUUUCCGUCACUUUUUUUUUUUUUUAAACCACUUGUGGAUCCAGAAGAUGGCAUCAAGAGGGGGCUUCCCGGCUCCCCAGAUGAAUCCGACUGUGAGCCCCAUGAAUGUUGGCCAUAUCGCGGGCAUGAGGAUGCCUGGGAUGCCGCAGCCUCCCGCGGGUUACCCCCGGAGCAUGACCAGCACUCCCCAAUACCACCAGCGAUCUGGGAUGCCCCCUAGCAGAUUGGGGGGCCUCAUAGGAUCAAUGGGGGGACAGAUGCCGGGCCCUUCUUACGGUGGUGGCAGCAUUCCGAUGCGUCCAGGCAUGGGCCAUCCCGGCAUGGACGCCUCAAGGAAGCGCUUCCUUCAGCAGCAGCAGCAGGAGGCGCUGGGAGGCCCAAGAAGAGGGUAAGUUAUGUAAAACAAGUUCAGCUGCAUAAUUUGUAAAUUAAGUAUUAUAAUUGAAAGUGAUUUUUUUUCUGUAAUAUGUAGAAAUGAAAACAAUCAGGAGUAUUGCAGUUAUUUGAUCACUUUUGUAAAGGUUUCAUAUAGAUUUCAGCGGAUUACGACUUCUUUUAAAGAAGUAUCAAUAACAUCAAGAUACUUAAUUUUUUAAUGGUUGGAAGUUCUGUCACAAAAAUUUAAUUUCUAUAAG